CAAAGAUUUAGCCGAAAAGCAAGUUUAAACACUCACAUGAGAAUCCAUACAGGACAGAAGCCUUUCUGUUGUGAUUUAUGUGGACAAAGAUGUAGCCGAAAAUCUAAUUUAAGCACCCAUAUGAGAAUCCAUACAGGACAGAAGCCUUACUGUUGUGAUCUAUGUGGACAAAGAUUUAGCCAAAAAGCAACUUUAAACAAACACAAGAGAAUCCACACAGGACAGAAGCCUUUUGGUUGUGAUCUAUGUGGACAAAAGUUUAGCCAAAAGUCAAAUUUAAAAACACACAUGAGAAUCCACACAGGGCAGAAGCCUUUUGGUUGUGAUCUAUGUGGACAAAGAUUUAGCCAAAAAUCACAAUUAAACACACACAUGAGAAUCCAUACAGGACAGAAGCCUUUCUGUUGUGAUAUAUGUGGACAAAGAUUUUUCCAAAAAGGAAAUUUAAACAUACAUAUGAGAAUCCACAAAGGACAGAGGCCUUUCUGCUUUGAUCAAUGUGGACAAAGAUUUAGUCAUAAAUCAAGUUUAAACACACACAUGAGAAUCCAUACAGGUCAGAAGCCUUUCUGCUGUGAUCUAUGUGGACAAAGAUUUUUCCAAAAAGGAAGUUUAAACAGACACAUGACAAUCCAUACAGGACAGAAGCCUUUCUGCUGUGAUCUAUGUAGACAAAGAUUCAGCCGAAAAUCACAUUUAAACACCCAUAUGAGAAUCCAUACAGGAGAAAAACCUUUCUGCUGUGAUCUAUGUGGACAAAGAUUUAGUAGUAAAUCAAGUUUAAACACACACAUCAGAAUCCAUACAGGACAGAAGCCUUUCUGCUGUGAUCUAUGUGGACAAAGAUUCAGACAAAAAUCAAAUUUAAGCACCCAUAUGAGAAUCCAUACAGGAGAAAAACCUUUCUGCUGUGAUCUAUGUGGACAAAGAUUUUGCCAAAAAGCAAGUCUAAACAGACACAUUAGAAUCCAUACAAGAAAGAAAAUGGCUCUUCCGUGAAUACUAUGUCAAACUGCAUUGCUAUAGUGUGCUUUUGAGAUGUGCUUUGUCAUUAAAGGCAGCAGUCUUCCCCUGCUAAUUUAAUAAUAUCUGUAGUAGCUAAUUUUAUAGAUUUGUCUUAAAACAUUUUAAGCUUUUUCACUGUAUUUCAUUUGUUCCGACUGAGCUGUAGCAGAGUUGUGUUCUCAGUCUAUGCGCUGCUCUACGCACUAGGCCCACUCUUCUUGGUAGUCAGGUUUCUUUAAAGCCCACUGUGUAGAUUUUCACUUGCGCACCAUACAGUGCGCUAAAUGAAAACCUUUCCGUAAUGUCUACUCCAAGAGCCGUAAAGUAUCAUCAGUGUGAUGAUGUAAACACAUCCUCCAUUUAUUAGCUAUGCUGAUAGCUGCGGUCAUCGUGUGAAAUGUUUUUGUCACUGUUGCCAAGAUCGCUUGUUUUUUUUCUAAAGUUGCUUAUCAAUUCUCUGUGUCUUUAGUUUUUUGGACUUCUUUUCUGAACAUACAGCCGCUUAUUUGGGGUCUGAUAUAGGCGAUCAUAAACACCAGUAAAAAGUCCCGCUUCUGUUGUUGGCAACAGAAAGCGUGAGCUGGUCGGCUGAAAUAUCCCUCCGUCACUCUGUGUACACACAUAGAGGAGAGAGAGAGAGACGAACAAAUGAGCCGCCUCUGCUGGGAGGACAGAAGUUGCUGGACGUCGCUGCCCUGUUUCUGAUAUAAAGCCAGAAUAAACAUUACUUUUAUGUUGAAUUAACUUACCUGCUGUCCAGCAGAAAGCUGCUUCCUCAUGAAUUAUCUCCACUGCUGCGCUGAUAUAGACUCUUCAGUUGUCACUUCUUUUUUCUUAGUUGCUUUGUCUUAUAAGUAUGGAUAGUCCAUUUUAAAUUAAAAUGGCAAAUAGAAUGAUGUUUGUCGUCUUUGUUUGUUAUACUCGGCCGCUGACCCCACGUCUUCAGAUACAGAUAGGGGGAAACACCUAUGACUGACAGGUUUUCCUCUUUUGGCUGCUGAAAUUAGAACUUGUGAGGCAAAAUGGCGCCUCCCAGUGAGUGCACUGGGACCUAUGUAUUCUUAAACUAUGAUUUCUAAGCUAUGAGAAUGCUUUCAUUUUUGAUGUAAUGUUUUUUGACUUUAUCAGAAUAUGUAUUAAUAAAAGCAAUACUUGAUUAAAAGCCAAAUUAGUUA